CUUUCAAUUACCCCCUUCUCACCAACCUUGAUGUUCUCCCGCGCCUCUUCCUUAACCGCACUGAGCAGAAGCUGUCGCUAUCUUCUCCGCUCUCCCUACACUUUCAGCCCCAGCCGGGCAACCUCGCUUUCGCUUCCUUACACAACCACUCAACGGGCCUCGUUCUCCCUAACCGCGCGCUCGCACGCCGCUUUCGACGCCAUGGCCGAUACUUCUGGAAUCACAGCCGACUCGCUGAAGAUCAAGCUCAUUGAAACGCUGCAGGCGCUGCACGUCGAGGUUGAGGAUCUGUCUGGUGGCUGUGGACAGGCUUUCCAGGCCGUCAUCGUCUCCCCCCAGUUCGAGAGCAAGACUAUGCUUGCGCGACACCGUCUUGUUAACGCUGCGCUUAAGGAUGAGAUUGCUGCUAUCCAUGCUUGGACUCCCAAGUGCUAUACCCCUGAGCAGUGGCAGGCCCUUGCGCAGUAG